CCGAGCAGGGACUAGGUUCGCCGGAACCCCGCGCUCCCGACUUCUGCUUCCGGGUCGGAGCCAUGGCGGUGGCAAAUUCAAGCCCUGUCAAUCCCGUGGUGUUUUUUGAUGUCAGCAUUGGCGGCCAGGAAGUUGGCCGCAUGAAGAUCGAGCUCUUUGCAGACGUUGUGCCUAAGACGGCCGAGAAUUUUAGGCAGUUCUGCACUGGAGAAUUCAGGUCAGUCUCAGACGUGGUUGAGUUCUCUGCUUUCUCCUGAGGGGUGUCCUGGGGCUGCAGUGAAGGUAUUGGGGAACCACCGGCAGGCCUUGAAUGAUUGCUGGUGACAGUAAUAGAAGAAAAGAUGGGGUUCCAAUAGGAUACAAAGGGAGCACCUUCCACAGGGUCAUAAAAGAUUUCAUGAUUCAGGGUGGAGAUUUUGUUAAUGGAGAUGGUACUGGAGUCGCCAGUAUCUACCGGGGGCCAUUUGCAGAUGAAAAUUUUAAGCUUAGACACUCAGCUCCAGGCUUGCUUUCCAUGGCAAACAGUGGUCCCAGUACCAAUGGCUGCCAGUUUUUCAUCACCUGCUCUAAGUGUGAUUGGCUAGAUGGGAAGCACGUGGUAUUUGGAAAAAUCAUUGAUGGACUUCUGGUGAUGAGAAAGAUUGAGAACGUUCCCACAGGCCCCAACAAUAAACCCAAGCUGCCUGUGGUGAUCUCACAGUGUGGAGAGAUGUAGUCCAGAGGAAGACUGAAUCAGUCAGAAGUCACCUGGAGCUGGAACAGAUGAACAGCAGCUCUGGGAUCCACCUACUUCUCUCCCCACACACUGUUGCUGCCGCAGACCUUUUUCACCUGGAUUACUGCUGCUGCUGCCCAGAUGACCUCUCUGUUGCCAGUACCUUCUUCUCCAAUCCAUUUUCUACAUCACAUCAUUCACUUGACACAUUAAUUAAGAUAUCGUGUGUCAGGGACUAUGCUAGAUGCCUCAGGAACUCAUAGUCUGGCAGGGAAGAUAUAAUGAAUGCAGUACAGUGUGUUAGGAGAGGGUCUCCUAACCUAGUAACAUCUGAGGCAAGACCUAGAGGAUGAAGAGUUAAGCAGGCAAAGGAGAAGGGAGAAAGGAAGAAUGUUAUAAGUAGAGGGAAUAGUAUGUGAUAGCUCAAAGGAAGCAGUGGCUAAAAGGUCACGUGGAAGGUUGGACAGGGAAUGUGACAGAAUGGGAAGUAAGUUUAGAGGUCAUGCAGGGUCCUGCCAACCACAUUAAGGAAUCUGGACAAUCCUGUGGGUGGUGUAGUCACUAAAAGAUUUUAAGUAAGACAGUGUCGUAAUCAGAUGGGUGUUUUCAAAAGAACACUGGAUAUUGUGAUGGGGAAUAUUAGAGUAAGAAAGGUACAGACACUGGCUAGGAGGCCGCAGCAGUGCUCUAAGCCAGGGGUUGGCAGGCCAGGUGUCACUCCCUAUUUUUCAGUGGUUCAUGAGCUAAGAAUAAGAAUGAUUUUUAAAUGUUUAAAUAGUUGGGGGGGGGUGUUAAAUAGUUGAAAAAUCUAAAGAAUAUUUUGUGACAAAAAUUGCAUGAAAUUCAAAUUUCAGUGUCCAUAAAUGACAUUUUUUUGGAACACAGAUGCACUUGUUUACUGACUGUGGUUACUUUCAGGCUCUAAAUUUGAGUAGUUGAGAAUCUGGCCCGCACAGCUUAAAACACUAUCUGGCCCCUAUAGAAAAAGUGCGUACUCUUGCUCUGAGCAAUGGAUGAUGAUGGCCUACACUAAAGUAGCAGCAGUAGGAAGGAAGGAACUCUGGAUUGGCGUUUAGAGAUUUUUUUUAGGACUGAUUCAGGGAGGCCUUUAAGGGGUGGAAUUGACAGGCCUAGAUGAUACCGAUGAGGUAAGGACUACUGCACUAGCCUCCUAGCUGGUCUCCCUACUUUCAUUUUUGCCCCUCUGCAGCCCAUUCACUAUUCUCUAGCCAUUAAAGAAAAAAGUGCCAUUCCCUACUUUCAAUUCUAAAAUUACCCUUCUCACUAUUGCCCUUAGGUUAAGUUUCAGAUAAAGUGUUCCUAAUUUAACCCUGCCUACCUCUAUAACCCAAAUGUCUUCAUUCUGGUCUUAUUGGACUACUUUAGUUGUAUUUGCCCCAGACCCCAUCUCUUCUUGCCUCCUACGCCUUUGCAUAAACCUCCAUGUGCUUGGAGUCUGCACUAAACCUUCUUCCCACCGCCACUCCCAAAAUGCUUUGUGCAUUUGCAGCGCUGGAGUGUUGGGUGUGUUGCAUGUUUAAAUUUCUGCCUUUAUCCUUAGACUGAAUUUAAGAAGGCAGCAACUGGCGCACUUGUCCAUACCCAGCAGAUAGUAGACGCUUAAUAAAGAACGAACUAAGGUGGACGACUUCAUCUACAUCAUGCGGCAGCCUCAAUUACAAAUCGUUUGUGAAACGUGCAUAGUAAUCCCUAUUUCACAUGGCCGUUGUAAGAAUAAAAUGCACGAAAAAUGCCUAGCGUGCUCAAUAAA